GGGCGCCGGAGGAAACAGCGGCUGAGGGCGUGGCGCGCACGAGCUGGGACGGCCGGGGGCGGGGCUUGGAACCGAGCACGCGCGGGGAGGGCGGGGCCUGGGGCUCGCCAGGGUGGGCUUCGGAGGGGUGCAGGUAGACGCUGGAGGCGCUUCGCCGUCGCCUGGCCUCCCCGGCUUUCGCCCUUGAGCAAGCCCCGGCCGGCCGGCCGCCGGGUCGCCAUGGAGUCCACGCUGGGCGCGGGCAUCGCCAUGGCCGAGGCGCUGCAGAACCAGCUGCCCUGGCUGGAGAGCGUGUGGCUGUGGGUCACCUUUCUGGGCGAUCCCAAGAUCCUCUUUCUGUUCUACUUCCCCGCGGCCUACUAUGCCUCUCGUCGCGUGGGCGUCGCGGUGCUCUGGAUCAGCCUCAUCACCGAGUGGCUCAACCUCGUCUUCAAGUGGUUUCUGUUUGGAGACAGGCCCUUUUGGUGGGUCCACGAGUCUGGGUACUACAGCCAGGCCCCAGCCCAGGUCCACCAGUUCCCCUCUUCAUGUGAAACGGGCCCAGGCAGCCCUUCUGGACACUGCAUGAUCACAGGAGCAGCCCUCUGGCCUGUAAUGACGGCCCUGUCUUCCCAGGUGGCCACUCGGGCCCGCAGCCGCUGGGUGAGAGUGAUGCCUAGCCUGGCGUAUUGCACCUUCCUGCUGGCGGUCGGCCUGUCCCGGGUCUUCAUCUUAGCUCACUUCCCCCACCAGGUGCUGGCUGGCCUGAUAACCGGUGCCGUCCUGGGCUGGCUGAUGGCUCCCUGGGUGCCCGUGGAGCGUGAGCUGAGCUUCUAUGGGCUGACCGCACUGGCACUUAUGCUGGGUGCCAGCCUCAUCUACUGGACCCUCUUCACGCUGGGCCUGGAUCUCUCUUGGUCCAUCAGCCUCGCCUCCAAGUGGUGCGAGCGGCCCGAGUGGGUGCAUGUGGACAGCCGGCCCUUCGCCUCCCUGAGCCGCGACUCUGGUGCGGCCCUGGGGCUGGGCAUCGCCCUGCACUCGCCCUGCUAUGCCCAGGUACGGCGGGCACAGCUGGGAAGUGGCCAGAAGCUAGCCUGCCUCGUGCUGGCUGUGGGGCUGUUGGGCCCUCUGGACUGGCUGGGCCACCCUCCUCAGAUCAGCCUCUUCUACGUGUUCAACUUCCUCAAGUACACCCUGUGGCCGUGCCUGGUCCUGGCCCUGGUGCCUUGGACAGUGCACACGUUCAGCACCCAGGAAGCACCACCCGUCCACUCUUCCUGACCCCCACGAAGCCAAGGCUGUGACCUCUGUGCCGCACACUCCAGGAGGCAGCCCCUCCCCUCCCAGCCCCCAAGCAAGCCCAGCUCACCCCAGAUUUCCUGCUUCUCCCGUCCCCCAGUCUCAGCCCCCAGGAAGGGCCUUCUCUUUCCCAGUGAGGCCGAUCCUCUCACUUUUCCUGUCAAGCCACGAAAGAGCAAAGGCAAUAGCGAGACCAGCGGGUUCCUGCAACACUGUGACCAGGGUGCAGCCCGGCAGCCAGGGCAGCCCCAAUAAAACCCUGGA